AUGUCCCAAUCAUUACGGCCCUACCUCAAGUGCGUGCGGUCGUCGCUGACCGCAGCAAUCACACUCUCCAACUUUGCCUCGCAGACGGCCGAACGCCAUAACGUGCCCGAGGUGGAGUCCGGAAAGACCCCGGAGGUCCUGCUGAACCCACUCACAAUCUCCCGUAAUGAGAACGAAAGGGUCCUCAUUGAGCCCAGUGUCAACUCCAUCCGUGUCAGCAUCAAGAUCAAGCAGGCGGAUGAGAUUGAGCAUAUCCUGGUGCACAAGUUCACGAGGUUCCUGACACAGAGGGCGGAGAACUUCUUUAUCCUGAGGAGGAAGCCUGUUAAGGGAUACGACAUCUCCUUCCUGAUUACAAACUUCCACACGGAAGCUAUGUUGAAGCACAAGCUUGUCGAUUUUAUCAUCCACUUUAUGGAGGAGGUCGAUAAGGAGAUCUCCGAGAUGAAGCUCUUUCUCAAUGCCAGAGCCCGUUUCGUCGCCGAAGCUUUCUUGACCCCUUUCGAUUAA